ACCCAGAAAAGUGAAACAUACAUAUUUGACAUAUGUACACAACCAACACAACUGUCCGCAGAAAGAAUUGUAGUGAAUUUAAUUCAUUUUUUCAUAUUUUCAUUAUUUAUCCAUUAUUUUAUAGGAAUGUUUCAUGAAAAAGUAUUGAGAAUCGUAUGAUUUAAAAAGAAUUGAGUUUAGUGUUUAUUUCGGAAUAGUGAAAGUGCAGGAUUUUAUACUUUAACAGUUGUAGGAAAAUAAAGUAAAAAUGAGUGGAAGUCUACGCACUGAGGUACUAAAAACAUUUAAGACGCUACAUAGGACUCGAUUGACGACUUUUAAAAAUGAUGAAAAAGCUUUGCAAGUUAUAAGGAAAAAAAUAAACGAUGAGUAUAGAAAAAACAUGACUGUAGCUGACAGAGAAAUUAUUCUAGAGUUAAAUAAAUGUGCGAAGGCUAUUGAAGAAGAAGUUAGAACGAAGAUAAUACAAGCGGUCGAAACAGAGCCCGGGAAAUUUGAGGCUCGAAUACGUGAGGAGAAUUUAGUUGACAAUGCUGCGAUUCCUAGUCCAAGUGCAUUUUGUUGUGAUUUGUCUACAAAGGAAUGUGUUGUACCUCCAAAAAAAAAUCGAUAAAUCUAGGUAUAUAAAAUAUUUGUAUAGAUAUUUUUAAAUUCAUUCGCAGUAUAAAGUAUAUUAUCUGAAUGAUAGAACUUAGUUUAUUUAAAAUAUAUUUCUUUAAAAUUGAAACGGGAUUUUUUUUAGAUUUGUCAAUCGGAUUCUUUAUUUUAUUUUUUACAAUUUAUACAGUUCUUCCAUCAAUUCAGAAAGAUAUUUACAAUAUUACGAAUUUAUUUAUUUUUAUGCUAAACUGUACAUUGAUGGACAAGUUGAUUCUUUGUGUCAGUAAAUUUCUAAUCGUCCGUGUCUUCUACGACACCUUCCAAUCUCAUUCUGAAAGAAUAAAACAUUUUUUUAAAUUA